CUCGAUGCGAUAUCCAGCAUCGGCUGGCGAACGUCAUCAUAGACUCGAGCCAGGUCUCCGUUCGACCGUCUGCCUUGUGAAAGCUCUGGCGCUGUCUAGGCCUGGAUGACGAUUGAAGAGGACCUGUUGCAACUAUUAAAGAGCAUAGACGAGGCCGUCCUCGAAAAUGAUGCAAGCAAGGCUUCGCCAACCACCACGAUGAAGACUAUCUCUGGUUCUGGCAACGGGCUGGCUAGUGCAAGCCAAGAUCUUCCCAAGAUGAAACAAAACCAGGGAGCGAUAGGCACUGGAGGUAGUCAUUCGGUACAUCCCGAAAGAAACGUCUUGGACAAGUUUGCAACGGCAUAUAUCCCGAAUUGGCUACAUACGAUCCCACCAGCCUUGUACGACGUCCCCUUACCGCCUCUUCCUCUAGCGGUCGAUCCGGGUCAAGCGGCAGAGGUCUUUCCCCUACCUUUACUUCGAGACAUGUAUCCUCCAGCGUGCGGACUAUGCGGAUUGGACGCGAUCACGUCUCCCGCCAUCGACGCAAACGUUCCAGCGCUACGAGACGAUGCAGCCUCUUAUCUGGAUCACUUUACUGCAUUGCUGGCGAUGGAACAAGAGGAGUUGCGACAGGCGGCGGGGCGUCAAGUCAUCUACGGCGUACCGAUCACCAGACAAUCCGUCACUUCCAGCGGACCACAGUCGAACCCAGUCAUGUGGCAGAUCCGAAUCCCAGGGACGAGGGAAGACUCGCCACGUCUCUUCAUCGACGACCGACUGCGUAUUCGAGGCCUCUAUCGUCCGCUACAGACCGCUACCGAAGCAGCGGUACAAGCCAGGAUCACCGGUACCAUCAAACGGGAGGGGCUGGUGUUUUUCGAAUGCCCCUCCCUCUCAGAAAUGGAUACUCAUCUGCGGCAUCAUCCUUCAGGAGGCAGUCCCGAGUACACGACCGCUUUCCCAGCUCUUCAGCCCGCGCUUCAGCAGCGGAAUCAUGCUCCUAGAGGAGGUCCGGAAUAUAUGGUCGAAUUCUACCCUUCGACGGAUGCGCUAAUUUCGAUGCACAGUGCACUACGACGGGUGGCUUCGUGCCUCGUCACGCAGACAGACAGUGCAUUUCGUACUCCUACAACUAAGUGGCUCUUCCCUCGAAUCGAGGACAUCAAGGAGACCAUGUCUCGUACCGACUUUGAGCUCAAGCCGUUUGCGAGGAGGAAUGACGUGCAGUCUCUCAGCCAACCUCCGCUCAAUGAACAACAAAAGUUGGCAAUCAAGCGGAUCGUUGGGUCGCAUAGGACCGUACCCUACCUGAUAGCAGGACCACCUGGCACCGGCAAAACGAAGACGAUGGUCGAGCUGGUGCUCCAGAUCCUAAUGCAUCACGAAGACGCUCACAUCCUGCUCACAGCUCCGUCAAAUCCCGCUGCGGAUACCCUCGCCUUACGCCUCGCUCCGUUCCUCGACAACAAGAGCUUGUUGAGGCUUCAGAGCUCGACGAGGACGUUUGCCGAGACACCGAACGAGGUGUUGACCUAUUCGUGUAUCAAGAACAAUAGCUUUGUCGUCCCUGCAUGGGCCGAGCUUUUGCGAUACCGGGUAGUCGUCGUCGACUGCUUGGAUGCGGAACUUCUCACGAUAGCAAAGGCGACGAACGCAGAGAUGCUGAGGCUCGAACACCGAAUGUUGCGAGCGAUUGGCCGUAAAAAGGCGAAGAUGUCUUUACAGGUGCACUGGACUCAUCUUCUCGUUGACGAGGCGGGGCAAGCUUCGGAACCGGAAAUCCUGAUACCACUUGCUGCGGUCAUGAUCGGGCCCGAGGAAGCCGACAUGUUGCAAGGUCGAGAACCCCAAGUGGUGAUCUGCGGAGACAUCAAGCAGCUACCUGCGAUCGUCACCUCUAGUCGUGCUCGAGGCCAUGGGCUGGAUGUCUCUCUCAUGGAGAGGCUGCAGGAGCGUACGAUAUACGAUCUGAAGGCCAACGUACAGACCGAAUCCGUCAACAUCAUUCGCUUGGUCAACAAUUACCGCAGCCACCCUGGUAUCCUGUUGCUGCCAAGCACAAUCUUCUACGACGAUUCGUUGGAACCGGUCGCCAAAGUGACUCUCUCGCAAUGGUCGGACCUCCCAAACAAGCGUCUGCCUAUGCUGAUCAAGGGCAUCGAAGCGAACGAAGACUGGAUAGACGAGGGCGCGAGCUUUUUCAAUAUGAGCGAAAUUGCAGAAGUAGUCAGGACGGUCAAGAGCCUUGCAACGGGUCGUGCCGACGGAUACCGUCAGAGCGAAAUUGGCGUAAUCACACCGUGGAGAGAACAGGUCUGGCGGAUACGGUUGAAACUACGAGAAGCGGGCUACCACGAUAUCAACGUCGGGAACGUGGAGGCGUAUCAAGGUGCCGAGUACCGCUGCGUCAUUCUGUCAUGCGUUCGCUCCCGCGACAGGUUCCUCCAGUCUGACCAGGAUAACGGGAUGGGACUCAUCAACGAGCCGAAACGGUUUAAUGUUGCCAUCACGCGAGCGAAAGAGCUGAUGGUUAUCAUCGGCAGCAUGAACUGCCACAAGGCCGAUUCGCAUUGGGCGGCACUAUUGCAGAUCGCUUCUCGCCACCAAUUCUAUAUCGGCCCCCAAUUGAAAGAUUUCGAGGUCACUGGCGAGUACAUCUCGCGCUUAGAGUCCCGCAUAUAUCCCGAGAUGAUGGACGGGCCCAACGACGAGUCCAUGCAAGGACUGCUGAUCUCUGGCUCAGUGGCGCGUGAAGCCUUAAUGGAGGAUUGAUCACAGGUGUACGAACAUGGUCGCCAGAAACGCAGCGGCGGGUGACGAUUACAAGGGCUGCGAGAACGAGCCAUCCUUAUGCUACAGUGUCCUAGCCCGGUAUACCGGUGAUUCUGGACGCCAUGAUUACGAUAUAUGUAGCCCGCUUAACGCUCAAACUUGGCAGCAGGUCCUUUUGUACGAGAAGAUGCCAUUGACGAGACUGUCGGCCCCAGAAUAUAUGUAAGACGCGUAAUUAAUACGUGGCCCUGUAGCAUAAUCGUUUCGCAACGGAACUCACCACCCGAUCGCUUGCCCGAGGUC